AGGGAGCUUGCGGCCACCCAGGCCAUCAUGGCAUUCACUCAGGCCUUGGUCACCGUCCUGGCUUUGCUUGCUGGGACCCUGCCACACAGACACAGUGAAAACUCACCUCCCAAAAAGGCCAACGGAGACAAGUGUGUCCACCACACUCAGUGCUCCAGUGACUGUUGCCUCAUAGACCUGGAGAGAAGCGGAGCCUUCUGCACCCCCAAGUCCCGCAUAGGCAUGGGGUGCUUGCCACAGACCAAGGGGAGCCUGAACAUCAUGUGUCCCUGUCGAUCUGGCUUGAAUUGUCAUUCUAAGGACCCCACAUGUCCCCGCCGAUGUCAAAUGAUAUAGAGGAUGACAUAGGCUGCUCAUGGCCCCUGCUGCUGCACCUUCCCCUCCACAGGUGUCACCCCCAUCGCCAACUCCACAUCGACUCCUGGGCAUUAAAAUCACUUCCUG